GGCAGAACUCUGCCAUUCUGCCACGUGGCAGGGCAGAACUGGCACUGCCAGGCAGAUGGCAGAACCUCCAAGGCAAAAUGUGGCAGAACUCGAGACCGUGGGAGCGGUAAAGGAUGUACUAUACAGUGUUAGAUUAGUGUAUGAUAGCGUGAAUUGAGGUACUGUAAACUCUACACAAUGGCUACUAAGUCUGGAGGCCGGCCCCUGAACUCCCUCAUUGAAAACAACUUCAAAAAGGGGGAUGCUACUUCUGCAAAGUCCAACAGAUAUUGGUGGAACUGCAACCACUGUGACACCCGCAUUGAUGGACGGAAUAAUAACCUCUUCGAACACCUCACGGAUGCCGUAAAAUGCAUCAAUUGUCCACAAGAGACUCGUCGCGAGGCACUUAAAAAUGUUGCUGAUGGCAAGCCGACACGACGCCGUCACGCUCACAUGCACACAACCGAACUUCCGGGCAUUGAUACAGAUGUCGCCAAGCAGCUCGAGACCGACUUCGCAUUCGUUCCGCCACUUGCAGCAGUUUCCGGCGACACUAGCUGCAACCUCGAAGGUCCCAAAUCAAUUUCACUCGACGACAUUGAUGCUGAGUUUGCUCGCCUCGAAGAUAUUCGCAACGGAGAAAAAGUGAUGGACCUCGAGUUUCCGUCAGACUGGGAUGUGGACGGGAAGGAAGUUUUAGAAGGGAACGUGUUUGAUUUUGCAGAGUUGCAGCGCGUUGACGAGGGAUUAGUGCCUGCGGCAGUAGAGGAUGAAAUUAUGGUCACGGAUCAUGAUGCAAACGAAGACGGGACUUGGAACAUUGAUUCGAUGUUAGUAUCCAGCGGUCUUACAUCCAUGUAGCUACCUCUAGUACUACGCUACGCGCAUCCAAAAAAGACCGCUUCUGCCAUCUGCCGCGCUGGCAGAACAUAGUUCUGCCAAGUUCUGCCAGUUCUGCUGGCAGAACUACCCCAAAAUAGUUCUGCCCACAACACUAGCCGUGGCCGUAAUUGAAGUUGGCAGCUUACUAAUAAAAGCAUGAUUAAGAUUGGUUGUAAUUUAGACAAUCGACCAUGAGCUUAUGGUGGCAAACCUUCAAUGUCUACCACAAACGAAGUCAAGGUCCCCUUCUUCAAGAAGGGAAAAUCUCGA